AUGGCGGAUGAGAAGAUCGAGAUGAAGCCUCCCAACAAGGAGAGCCUUGACACUCCUAAUGCACCUCUCGUUGUUGAGAACAGCAAGCGAAGAUGGUGGAGCAAAAAGCCCAGCAAGAAAGUCGACGUUGAAGAAGAUACUGAGAAGAAGGAUACACCACCUGCCGCUCCAAAGAUCUCGUACUUUGCAUUGUUCCGAUUUGCUUCUCCAUUCGACAAAUUGUUGAUGUUUUUGGGCUCACUCGGGGCUAUGAUUGAUGGUGCUGGACAACCUAUUGUUACUAUUAUCCUUUCAAACAUAUUACAGACUCUCAUCAGUUACAACGUCAAUGUCGUUGGUGCUGAACAAGCUGUCGCAGACAGCAUCAAAACUGCAGUCAUUCAAGUGCUCAUCGUAGCUAUUGUGGUUGCGUUUGGAGGGUGGUUGUCUCAAGCCAUGUGGAUAUGGGCUGGAGAAAAUCAAGCCAAACGUAUUCGAGAGAAAUAUUUCGCUUCCUUGUUGAAGCAAGACGUCGCUUGGUACGAUAAUAUUGGUGGUGUCGGGGAGCUCACCACUCGAUUGUAUGGGGACGUGCAGCUGAUCCAAGAUGGAAUCUCUGAAAAGUGCGGAACUGUCGUAUCUGCUCUGACGACGUUUUUCGGAGGCUUCGUGAUUGCGUACAUUAGAGGAUGGAGACUUGCCAUUGUUCUUACCGCCGCUUUCCCCUUUGUCGGGUUCGUGUUUGGUUUCUUUGGUCGAAUUCUUGGAAGAUCCUUCGUAGCCGGCCAAGCCAAUUAUGCUGCUGCCGGAGGUAUCGCUCAACAAGCCAUCUCUGGUAUCAGAACCGUUCAAACAUUUAAUGGCCAAGACCGAGAAUGUGCUAAAUAUAACAAAGAAUUGGGCAAUGCCAUGAAGGAAGGCUUCAAACAAGCCCUACUGAGAGGCAUGGCAGUUGGCAUGUUCCAGAUCUCGCUGUACUCUCUAUUGGCUCUCGCUUUUGGAUAUGGUGGUGUGCUUGUCUCUCAAGGUGUAUUGACUGGGGGACAAGUAGUAAACGUUCAACUUGCCAUUCUUACUGGUAUCUUCAGUAUCAAUGUCCUCUCAGGGCCGAUAGCUGCGAUCACAGGUGCCCAAGGUGCUGCCUACUCUGUCUUCGCCACGAUCGACCGUAUUCCCCCUAUCGACUCAUCUUCAGAGGCGGGACUCAAACCAGCUGAAUUAAAGGGCGAAAUUGUGUUGAAAAAUGUUGACUUUCAUUAUCCAACACGUCCUGACGUAAAAGUAUUGGAGAACUUUUCUGUGACUAUCAAGCCUGGUCAAAAGAUAGCGUUAGUUGGUAUGAGUGGAUCAGGAAAGUCCACCAUUGUUAAACUCUUGACUCGCUUCUACAUGCCAACUGCUGGUACAAUUACAAUCGACGGUAUCAAUAUUGAAGACUUCAAUGUCAAAUGGCUUCGUCAGCAUAUUGGACUCGUUUCGCAGGAGCCUGCAUUGUUCGAUGUUUCAAUCAAGAAGAACCUCUUGUUUGGUUUACGGGAUGAUAACUGGAAGAACUUUACUGAAGAAGAGCUGGACAAACGCGUCUAUGACGCUCUUAAAGCCUCCAACAGUUGGGAAUUUGUGAAGAACUUGCCCAAGGGAAUUCAUACCAAUGUUGGUGAAGCAGGAUCAACCAUCAGUGGUGGCCAGAAACAGAGACUCGCAGUAGCGAGGGCGAUCAUGAGAAACCCAAGGAUACUGCUUUUGGAUGAAGCAACAUCAGCACUCGACACGGAAUCCGAAAGAAUCGUACAGGAAGCUCUUGACCAGAUCAGCAAAGCCAAUAUCACAACUAUCUCAAUCGCUCAUCGUUUGUCCACCAUCAAGAAUUCAGAUCUAAUUCUUGUUAUGGACGCUGGCCGUGUAGUCGAACAAGGAGGCCACGAAGAGCUCAUUGCCAAGAAUGGUGUAUAUGCUCGUCUUGUUCAAGCACAAGAUGUUAAAACCGUUGACCCCACUGUAAUCGCUUCCGAACAGACCGACACUCCUGUAGUAACGAAACAAGGAGAUGCUACCGUCAUCAAUAUGGCUCGUCGUCGCUCCUCUGCUAAUGCAGAAACUCUGGAAAUGAUGAGGAGGAAGGGCAGUAUGUCUGGAUCUGUCAAUGUUGAAGAGGAAGCACUUCGAGAGGCUAAGAAGCUACAGGAUGCCAAGAUGAUGAAACGACCAGUACCAUGGCUCCGUUUGCUUAAACUGUCGGCUCCAGAGACUCCACUCAUUGCAUUCUCAUUGAUUUGUGCAGCAGGAUCGGGAGCAGCACAACCGCUGUAUUCUUUGAUCUUUGGUCGUGUACUGAAUGCAUUCUCGCCAUUGAAUUCAAACGCUUCCAUACUUGCUGCUGCUGGAUUAUGGGCUGGUGUGUUUGUUGCCCUUGGUUGCGGUGGUGCUUUCGUCAUCUUUUCAGAUAUUGCUGGUAUGGGAAUAGCUGGUGAAAUCUUAACGAAGCGAUUACGAGAAAUGACCUUCAGGAAGAUGCUGCAUCAAGAAAUUGCGUUUUAUGAUGAUGAAGACACAUCAGUGGGUGUUUUGACAAACAGACUAAAUGACGAUGCUGCUCGUGUCAGACAAAUGGUUUUGGGAGUACUUGAUACCGCCGUGUCUGCUUGUGCUGCUCUUGGAACUGGUCUCACAAUCAGUUUCAUAUACGAUUGGAGAUUGACCCUCGUUGUGUUAUGUACAUUCCCGCUUUUGAUUGCCGCAGGCAUGGUGCAAUUCCGAUCCUUCACUGGUGUCGGUGAGAAAACCAAGACUGCCUACAACAAGAGUAAUCAAAUCGCAAAUGAGGCAUUGGACAGCAUCAGGACUAUUAGUACUCUCACCAAGGAAACCUACUUCUACGAUGAAUAUGUGGAGUCAAUCCAAGCACCAUACAGGAAUAGUGUCCGAACCGCCUUCAUAUCAUCCAUUGGUUAUGGAAUUUCUCAAUCAAGUUUGUUCUUCUCGUACUGUGUUGCCUUUUACUAUGCUUCUCAGUUAAUCCUCUGGGGUUUGACCGGACCAACAAACAUUAUUCAGGCCGUCUUUGCUAUUGUCUUCACCGCGCAAGCCGGCGGCAGAAUAACAGCUCUUGCUCCUGACUACACCAAAGCCAAACUUGCCACACUUUCAAUAUUUGAUUUGGUUGACCGAAAGCCCCGCAUCGACGACCUAUCGGAAACCGGUCAAAAGCCAACGCCCGUACACGGCAAGCCCGUUUUCGACUCUGUAUCAUUCAAUUACCCAUCAAGGCCGAAUACCAAAGUCCUCCAGGAAUUGACCAUCAGUGCAGAACCCGGCACUACCAUCGCGUUAGUUGGACCCUCCGGCGCCGGUAAAUCAUCUGUGGUCGGUUUAUUGGAACGGUGGUAUGAUAUCGAUAAUGGAAGGAUAUCACUGGAUACUGUUUCUACAAAGGAUUGGAAUGUCAAGUAUUUAAGGUCGCAAAUGGCUCUUGUAGGACAAGAACCCGUCCUUUUCUCAGGGUCAAUCAAAGAUAAUAUCACAUAUGGUGCUGUCGGUGGUGUAGCCACCCAAGAAGAAGUCGAAAUCGCUGCUGCAAAAGCCAACAUCAAGGACUUUGUGACUUCCCUGCCGGACAGCUGGGAUACAGAGGUUGGAGGCAAAGGCAGUCAACUAUCUGGAGGUCAGAAACAGCGCAUCGCGAUCGCGCGAGCUCUCAUCCGUAACCCGAAGGUGCUGCUAUUAGAUGAAGCCACAAGUGCUUUGGACAGUGAAUCUGAAUCUGUGGUUCAGAAGGCGUUAGAUGUUGCCAGUGCUGGUCGCACUACAAUCACAAUAGCACACAGACUGAGCACGAUUCAAAACGCAGACAAGAUUUUCGUAUUGCGUGACGGCCACGUCAUUGAGCAAGGAACCCAUUUUGAAUUGCUCGCACUCAAAGGAACAUACGCCGAUCUAGUCAACCAACAGUUGCUGAGAGCAACAAGCUGA